UUAAAGCUUCCACUUACCGCCAGGGCUAAAAAACGAAGCUCAUCCUUGAUCUGUGAGCACAUCUAGUGUCCUGCGUCUGACCGGCUCUCAUUUUCUUUUCCCAAAGACACAAUCCUUAGCUGUAAACAUGGAGCGUAUGGAGCUGAAGAAAGUGAGCACGGAGGCGGACGAUGAAAGCAGCGUGGACGAACGCUUCACGCCCAUCGAUUCAGAGAAGGCCACCAUUAACAGCUCACUUCUGGAUGAGGACGACGCACAGAGUCAGAAGUUUCUCACCAAUGGCAUCAUGAAGAAGAAGAAAUAUGAGGAAGAAGAAUAUCACCCGGGUCACACGUCAUUUGGGAUGUCUGUCUUUAACCUCAGUAACGCCAUCAUGGGCAGUGGAAUUCUGGGAUUGUCUUUCGCCAUGGCCAACACUGGCAUCAUACUGUUUGUCAUUCUCCUGCUUGGAGUCGCUAUCCUGUCGCUGUACUCUGUUCAUCUGUUACUAGUGACGGCCAAAGAAGGAGGCUCGCUGAUCUACGAGAAGCUCGGGGAAAGAGCGUUCGGAUGGCCGGGAAAAAUGGCAGCUUUCGGAUCAAUAACUCUGCAGAAUAUAGGAGCCAUGUCCAGCUACCUGUUCAUAGUCAAAUACGAGCUGCCGGAGGUGAUUCGAGCUUUUCUGCGGCUGGAGGAGAACUCUGGGGAAUGGUAUCUGAACGGGAAUUACGCGGUGGUGUUGGUGUCCAUCGGCAUCAUUCUGCCGCUGUCUCUGCUGAAGAACCUGGGGUAUCUGGGGUACACCAGCGGCUUCUCUCUCUCAUGCAUGGUGUUCUUCCUGGGAGUGCUGAUCUAUAAGAAGACGAUCCUGCCCUGUCCUCUGCCGUUCUUCUACCAGCACGAGUCCAACAUGAGCGUGAACGGCUCGGAGGCUCUGGGUCUGUACUCGCUGCAGAACGCCUCGGCGCUGGCGUAUAUCUCUGACGCUCAGCCGGAUCCUCACGCUCCGGUGCUCGACCCUCUCCACAGCGCCGUCCAGUUCACGCCUCACCCUGAUGACCACCAGGACAUGUGCACACCCAAAUACUUUGUGUUCAACUCCCAGACCGCGUACACCCUUCCCAUCCUCGCCUUUGCCUUCGUCUGUCAUCCGGAAGUUCUGCCCAUCUACAGCGAACUCAAAGAUCGCUCUCGGAGGAAGAUGCAGACGGUAUCAAACCUGUCCAUCCUGGCCAUGCUGGUGAUGUACCUGCUCUCCGCUCUGUUUGGUUACCUGACGUUUUAUGAUCACGUCGAGGCAGAGCUGCUUCACACCUUCACAAAGGUCUACAAGUUUGACACGAUGCUUCUGCUGGUGCGUUUGGCUGUGCUGACGGCCGUGACGCUGACCGUUCCCAUAGUGCUGUUCCCCGUGAGUAACUAAACACACCCUGUGAACAUGCUGUGUGUCACUGUCCUUCAUGUUGUUGUAUUCGUGUCCUCUUAUUGAGGUUGUAAAUGUCCACCAGAGGGCGCUGCGCUAUUAAGAUUAUUAGUUUUGGCAGCCUUCUCUGAGAAAAAUAUUUUGUAAUAUAAGUGGUUAGUUCAUUUCCACAAUUUUAGUGCAUGUUUCUUUUGCUACCAUUAAUUAAUGCCACCAUAUUAAUCAGUAUCAUAUUGGCCUUCAAGUCACCCUGUUCAUUAGAUAUCAGAACCAGCAACAACUAUUGAAAUAUCGGGCAACUGCUUGUACUUUCAACUCUUUUAAACACAUUUUAUCAUAUUCUGCACAUUUCAACCUUGAUUCCGCACAGAAAAAAAAGAGUUACAAGCUGGAUUG